AUGCCGAAAGUUUCUAACGCCAUCGUCGACAUAGAUGAAGAAGCGAAGAAGUCGACAGACGGCGAGGACCGAUCUGCCCUGAGUGUAACAGGAGCGGUGCGCGCUGCGGCCACGGAUGCCCAUGACAUCUACCCGCUCUUCCAGGGUAGUGAGGGCAUCCGCUGCAAGGAUCGCCUCAACUCUCUGGCCAUCUCGGUCAUGAACCAGUGGCCUGGGGUCAAGCUGCGGGUGACAGAGGGCUGGGAUGAAGAUGGGCACCACUCGGAGGAGUCGCUGCACUACGAAGGCCGUGCUGUCGACAUCACCACCUCUGACCGGGAUCGGAACAAAUAUGGGAUGCUGGCACGCUUGGCUGUGGAGGCCGGCUUUGACUGGGUCUACUAUGAAUCGAAGGCUCACAUCCACUGCUCUGUUAAAUCUGAGCAUUCAGCAGCAGCAAAGACAGGAGGCUGUUUUCCAGCUCGGGCGCUAGCAACGCUGGAAAGCGGGACCAAGAUUCCAGUGUGGGCACUGAUGCCUGGGCAGAGGGUUCAAGCCAUGGACGAGCAGGGCCGCCCCAUAUACAGUGAAUUCCUGACAUUUCUGGACAAAGCGGCAUCAGCACCCACGGCCUUCCAUGUCAUUGAGACACGGGACCCACCCCGCCGCCUUGCCCUCACUGCAGCGCACCUCCUUUUUGUGGGGGAGAAUGCCACAGCACCCACCAAAGCUAUUUUUGCCAGCCUUGUGCAGCCAGGUCAAUACGUGUUGGUGACAGAGGGGGGCGAGCUACGGCCAGCCAAAGUAGCGGCUGUCUCUGUGCAGACGGACGUCGGGGCCUACGCUCCUCUUACCAGCCAUGGGACUCUGGUGGUGGACGAUGUAGUGGCAUCUUGUUUCGCUGUGGUGCAAGAGCAGCGCCUGGCUCAGCUGGCUUUCUGGCCCCUCCGAAUGUAUUACAGGCUGGUGGGGGGUGAGCGGACUCAGUCGGAGGGUGUACAUUGGUACUCUAUGCUGCUAUAUCACCUGGGCCGAAUGCUCCUCGCUUCAGAUAGCUUCCACCCGUUGGCCACAGUGCAGUUUGAGAGCUGAGCUGAUGUCACUCAACGGCCCCAGAAGAGGAGAAACAGAUCACCUCCUGUGUUCCUAGGGAGGGACUGUAUGGGGUAGCCAGAAUCCUGAAUGUGAGGAAACGGCAGGGGCACGGGCUCCUUAUAACUUUCCUCAAGCUUGAGGGCUGAAGGGAGGUUUUGACUCCUCCUUUGCCUCUGAGGAGUCUUUCUUAUUUUUUUGGCUACAGAAGAAGAUGCCUAACAACAGGGCCACAUGCUGCUAUUUUGGUUCAAGGACCUCUGAUGCAGAGUGAGGCAGGGAAUGAAUGGGGGUGUGGGUGGUCCUGAAACCUGGGCUGGAUGAAGGAGGAACUGGAAACCCUGCUUUGCAAUAGACAGGAUAUGGGAGGAGGGCAUGCAGGCAUCUGCAAGGGAGUCUUAUGAGGGAGGAUUCGCAUGAGGCCUAGAUGGGACUUCUUCCCUACAUCAGUCCAGAGAAGCUUCUCCUGCUAGUGGCCGGGCUGCCUCAGGGUGGCCCAGUGAGACACCCGAAGUGUGACUGUUCUUCUACUCAGUGGGACUUUUCCACUGUUGUAAUUAUGAGAGGGGAAUCCUUCUUUCUAGCUGCCAAUCAACUGGGCUUUGAGCACAGAAGGAGAGUGGGGAAUGCACCAGUCAGCCCAGAAAAGGGGGAGAGCCAUGAAUGGGGAGGGAUCGGGCAAUAGACAGGGAGGGUUCUUUGCAAAAUCAUACAGUCUUCUCUGGAUUAGCUGGACUUGCCCUGGAGCAAUUAUGUCCAUGCAUUCAUUAAUGCCAAUUAAAAUUAUCACUCCAGCUAUCAGUAUGCAGUAAAAGGACGAUGCAGAGGAGAGAGAAAUAGUCUUUCCCCUUACUUGAAUUAACCAACACUGACUGUCUUGAUCAAAGAGUGGAUAAUUAGUUUAAGAAAGAGCUUGGAAAGUUUGCUCUUUUGGACUCUUAACUCUCAAAAACUGCAGUCAGUGUAGCCAAUCCCCAGUGGCUGUGCUGGUUUGGAAAUGGGAGUUGUAGUCCAAGCUCUGGUUUAAGAAUUUAUCUACAUUAAGUGAUCUUUGGGGGGGAGGUGAGAAAUGCCUGGAGACAUAUGGAGCAGGACUGGGAUGUCCCUGUUUGUGAAGGGAGAACUGGGGUGGGAGAGAGAGGAGGCAGCGGCGGCAGGGAGAUUAAAGGGUCCUGUUGCUUUCCCCUUAGCUUCCCUUUGUUUCAUGAAGGCACCAGAGUCAUGUGUACUCAGGUACUGUAUCUUGUGGGCCAUGGCAGCUUCCCCCAUGUGAGGUGUGAACCCCUCUCUUGAUCCAUGAGCCAUACUGAGGUGGAUGUUGUGCCGCACUCUUUAUCUUCCCACAGCACCCAAACACCCACCUGGUCUCACCUCUUAAAGGCCUGCCGUGUCCAGAACAGGUUCUCAUGGUGGCAGGGAUAGAUAUUCUCUUCAGCAAAAGGUUUCUCAGGAUGGGAGGAGACAUGUCAAGACCAUACUGAGAGGAAUUAAUGGAGAGGAGGAAGGGAUGCAUAACACCUUGGACCCAUUUCCAACGAAGAAGAAGCACACCGACGGCUUUAUUUUCAUCUGGCUAAAUUGGGGGAUAGAGUGGGAGGGAUUGCCUGAGAAGGCAUUUGGGAAGGAGAAGCAGGGAGUGAGGCGGAGGUCCUGACCCCCACCCCAGGCCUGACAGCAUUUCCCUACCACCCCCAUUCAUGUUACAUUGUAAACAUGGGGGGUGGGUGGGAAGAUGCAUUUACUAAUGGGACAAUUAGGAAGUAUCCCUCCGAGAACCAAUUCAUAUAAUUAAAAAAUAUUGCUGUGUGUGCUCACUGGGAAAUGGUCCUUGUGCAGAAGACAAUGGCUUUGCCCUUAUUCCAUAAAAGGUCCUUCAUGUGAUGGCCUGUGAUGAACAAGGAUCAUUUCUAAGAGAUCAGCCAGUAAUAAUGUCUUUUAAACCAGUAAAGAGUUUGCUGUUCUGUUUCUCUCUUAGAUGGCUAGAAGCACCAAAAGCAACAAAUGUUUCUGUGGGCAGAUCGGUGAUUACUUCUUUUUUAGUGGGCUAGUAACUUCUGAGGUUUUUUUCCUACAUGCAGCUAAUAUCCAGGACAGAAGCAGCCUGAGGUACCCAUUUCUAGCCUCUCCAUUUCAGGAUAUCACGUCUGAAUGGCAGAGCAUUUUGCCCAGGCUGUACCAGGACAUGUCCUUCCUCUUCCCGCUCCUAAUUGGGUACCAGCUUGUCUCCCUAGUUUAGCUGUCUGGACAGCUCAUCAUUGGGAACUGGGACUGUGCAUAUACCUUGCGUGUAGCAUCAAGGCCUCCUCUGCUGUUGCAAUAUUUAACUUGGAGAAGUGGAGGGGUGUGUGUGUUGGGAAGUAGCUCCCUCCCCAUCAUAUGGCAUUUAUUUAUUUACCUGCAUUCAGCAGGACACUCAUAAACAUUUCAUAGGUGAGUCGACUUUUGUGAAACAAGUCCAAAUGGACACAGGGCAGGGCAUUUUUUUGGUAAUAAUAAAAAUAUUUAAAAACUAUUUCAGAGAAGCACAGUUUCAAUGGGACCAUGGAGGGCAUAAGAAGGAAUCAACAAUUAUUUGUCUCUUCACUGGAUGUAAAUUUCCCAAACAGGUGAAAAAACCAAUAAAUCUCUUUGACCUA